AUGUUUGAUAGUUCGCAGUACCCUUAUAACUGUUUCAACUAUGACGGAGAUGGAUACCCAUCAUGUAGUACCGAUGAAGAGAAGAAAAUGUGCCGACCAGCCUACAGUUACAUUGCUCUGAUAGCCAUGGCCAUCCAACAGAGCCCCGAAAACAGAGUGACAUUAUCCGGAAUCUACGAGUUCAUCAUGAAGAAAUUUCCCUAUUACCGAUCCAACCAGAGAGCAUGGCAAAACUCCAUAAGACAUAAUCUUUCCCUCAAUAGCUGCUUCAUAAAGGUUCCUCGCACGGAGGGGAACGAAAAGGGAAAGGGAAACUACUGGACGUUUGCCACUGGCUGCGAGUCCAUGCUGGACCUUUUCGAGAACGGCAAUUUUCGCCGUCGCCGUCGACGACGCAACAUCAAAAUGGGUUUCAGGGAAUCUGCGGAACCCUUUGUCGCCAUGGACGCUCAGCAGCGUGGCACAAUAAAGCCGCUCGUGGAUUCUGAUUCCAUCUGCCCGAUACCUCCAAAUCACAGAGCACCCCAAAUGAACCCUCCCCUCAGUAAACCGGAGCCGGAGAUCAAAUUCAGCAUUGACUACAUCCUGUCCACCCCAGACCCCCUGCCCGGGUUCAGGCCGCCCCAUACCAGCGGUGCAGGAGCCUCCAUUCACCUCCUGGAGCCCCAGCAUCUUAAUCUACACUUUUGGACCAUGUAA